AUACAGUUGCUGCGAGGCCUGAAGUAUCUCCACUCUGCGAACAUUCUUCAUCGUGACCUGAAGCCUGGAAACUUACUUGUGAAUGCAAACUGUGAUCUCAAAAUUUGUGAUUUUGGUCUUGCACGUACAAACAAUGAUAAGGGCCAGUUCAUGACAGAGUAUGUGGUUACUCGGUGGUACCGAGCGCCAGAGCUCCUUCUCUGCUGUGACAACUAUGGGACCUCAAUUGAUGUCUGGUCUGUUGGUUGCAUCUUUGCUGAGCUUCUUGGGAGGAAACCUAUUUUUCCGGGCACAGAGUGCCUCGAUCAACUUAGGUUGAUCAUUAACAUCCUUGGGAGCCAGAAGGAAGAUGACAUUGAGUUUAUUGAUAACCCAAAGGCUAGGAAAUACAUCCGUACACUUCCAUAUUCUCCAGGGACACCUUUUUCUCGCCUUUAUCCUCAUGCUAAUCCUUUGGCCAUCGAUCUGCUGCAGAAGAUGCUUGUAUUUGAUCCAACAAAAAGGAUUAGUGUAACAGAAGCUCUUCAACACCCCUACAUGGCUCCCCUGUACGACCCAAGUUGUGAUCCUCCAGCUCAGGUCCCAAUCAAUCUCGACAUAGAUGAAGAUUUAGGGGAGGAGAUGAUAAGGGAAAUGAUGUGGACAGAAAUACUUCAUUACCACCCUGAAGCCGCUUUAGCUGAUCUGGAGGUUGGUAAUUGAAUUUGAUCUUCCUUUCUAGCGAACUAGUUUUGGAAUUGGCUUUGUUUGUAAUUUUAGAGCCACUUUCUUUCAUUUCUUUGUCUUUGUUUACAAAAUAAUCAUAACAAAUUGCAUCUGCAGUUUGAGCUGUGAUGCUUGGUGUGCUUAAACAGAUCUCAUGAGGUGAUUUUUGACCUUGGACUUCUGAAAAAGCGCAUCAAUGUUGUAUAUAGAUGUUUGUUGUGAUAGGCCUUGGUGCUAUGCCAUUAAAUGUUCUGGCUGUAAACUUAUUAUGGAUAAAAGUUAAUCCAACUGCUACAAGUUGGUUUGUAAUGUAUUUUGAAAUGAAAUUAACUUCCUUGAGAAGCAUGUGGCUUUGCUUA